UCUAGACUCGAGCCAAAAUGAUUCCCUCAGUGACCAGGAGGAUCACAGGCCGGGGUUCUCCAUGCCCUCCAUAUCAUCCUUUGAUGACCAAGACACCGACCCAUCACAGGCUGCCUCCAACUUCUCCAUGUACAACAGCGUGUCGCAGAAACUCAUGGCUAAGAUGGGUUUCCGUGAGGGUGAAGGUCUGGGGAAGUUUGGACAGGGACGCAAAGAGAUUGUGGAGGCCUCUACCCAGCGAGGGAGAAGAGGUCUCGGUCUCACACUGCAGGGCUUUCAGGGGGAGCUCAAUGUGGACUGGCGUGAUGAACCAGAGCCCAGUGCCAUAGAGAAGGUAGACUGGUUCCCAGAAUGCACCACAGAGAACCCAGAUGCAGAUGAGCUGAGGGAGUGGAUGAAACUGGGAAAUAGAAAGCUUAAGAUUGAGGAUGAGACGGAGUUUUGCACUGAAGACCUCCUGCACAAUCUUCUAAAGUGCAAGUCAGUAUUUGAUAACCUGGAGGGCGAGGAGAUGAGGAGAGCACGGACACGCUCCAACCCUUACGAGACAAUCAGAGGAGGUAUCUUCCUCAACAGAGCAGCUAUGAAAAUGGCCAACAUCGACCAUUGCUUUGACCAAAUGUUUACCAACCCAAAGGAUUCACAAGGGAAACCUCUGACAAAGGACCGCGAGGGCGAGCUUCUGUACUUCGGUGACGUCUGUGCGGGGCCUGGAGGUUUUUCAGAGUACAUACUGUGGAAGAGGCGUUGGCAUGCCAAAGGGUUUGGCAUGACGCUGAAAGGACCCUGUGACUUCAAACUGGAAGAUUUCUAUGCAGCACCGAGCGAGUUGUUUGAGCCUUACUAUGGUGAGGGAGGGGUGGACGGGGACGGAGACAUCACUCGGCCAGAAAACAUAACUGCCUUCCGAAACUUUGUCCUGGAGAGCACAGAGAGAAGAGGGCUGCACAUCCUCAUGGCAGAUGGGGGUUUCUCUGUGGAAGGCCAAGAAAACAUCCAGGAGAUCCUGAGCAAACAGCUGCUGCUCUGUCAGUUCCUCACUGCCCUCUCGACACUCCGGACAGGUGGCCACUUUGUCUGUAAGACUUUUGACCUCUUCACCCCGUUCAGUGUGGGUUUGGUCUACCUGCUCUACCUCUGCUUCGACAGGAUCUCGCUCUUCAAACCCCUCACCAGUAGGCCUGCCAACUCUGAGAGGUACAUUGUGUGUCGAGGUCUGAAGCCCGGUUCAGACGCUGUCAGGGAAUACAUGUUCAGAGUCAACCUGAAACUGAACCAGCUGAAGAACACAGACAGAGACGUUACCGAUGUGGUUCCCCUACACAUCAUAAAGGAUGACACAGACUUCUAUCACUUUAUGGUCAACUCUAAUGAGAGCCUCUGUGCAGUCCAGAUCAAGGCCUUGGCAAAGAUCCAAGCCUUUGUUGUAGACCCGACCCUUUCAGAGCCGAGGCAAGCAGACAUUAGAAAGGAGUGUCUGAAACUUUGGGGGGUCCCAGACAAGGCUAGAGUCACUCCUGCUUCCUCAGACGCAAAGUCAAAAUUCUACGAACUGAUGAAGUCCUCAGACGUGGAGUCCUUCCAGUGUAAGCUCACACCUCUCAACUCAACCACGCUGGAGAAGUUGCGUCAUAUUCUGGACCACAGGUGCAUUGUGGGAGGUGGAGAGCAGAUAUUCCUUCUAGCACUGGGGAAGUCUCAGAUAUACACAUGGGACGGGAAGAUGCCUGUGCGCUGGAGGAAACUGGAGAAUUUUAAGCUUGAGCUGCCAAGAGACACGCUUCUGAGUGUGGAGAUCGUCCAAGAGCUGAAGGGCGAGGGCAAAGCUCAGCGUAGAAUCAAUGCAGUUCACGUAAUGGAUGCAUUAAUACUGAAUGGCACUGAUGUAAGAGAUCAGCACUUCAACCAACGGAUCCAGAUGGCUGAGAAGUUUGUAAAGGCAGUGGCCAAACCCAGCAGACCAGACAUGAACCCUAUCAGAGUGAAGGAGGUUUACAGGCUCGAAGAAAUGGAGAAAAUCUUUGUCAGACUAGAGAUGAAGGUGACCAAGAGCUCAGGAGGAGUCCCACGUCUGUCCUACACGGGUAGAGAUGACCGACACUUCCUCCCCACGGGCCUUUACAUCAUUAAAACUGUCAAUGAGCCGUGGACGAUGGCAUACAGCAAAAACUCCAAGAUGAAGUUCUUCUAUAAUAAGAUCACCAAGCAGUCCACCUAUGAAAUGCCACCCAACUCUGCUGCCCCCUUCCAUGUUUGCCACUCUGAGCGGCUCUUCUGGGCCUGGGUGGACGGGGUGAUAGUUCAUGAUUCUCAGACACGGAUGGACCCUGAGAAAUUGUCCAAAGAUGAAGUUUUGUCCUUUGUCCACCAGAAUCACCACCCCUGAAACGCUGACUGGGCACCAAGGCUUUGCCAGCUUCAACCUAGACAAAGAAUGCACUAGUCUCGUGGAGGACAUAGAGCCUUAGAAAAGGUUAUCAUACAAAACCUUAACUGGUAUUUAUUCUGACAGCAAAGGAGGGGUUCAUAAAGUACUGCCAAAUAAACAAAUCUACCAAAACAUGGAUCAAAACUAUCAUCUAAGUUAAAAAAAAUACCUCACUGCAAACUGAAUAUUUGUCUAUCAGUGGCUCACCCUGUGUUGUAUUGAAUCCUUGAAGAAAGCGUUUUUUCUCGCAUGCGUCCACAGUGAAAGGAGGAUCCAAAAAAGGGGGAACAUUCUCUCUUCAUUGCAGUCAUUAGGGUCUCAGUUUAACUACAGCAAAACUGUAUCCAAACAUAAUUUUACAAGCCCUCACACAACUUGUGCAGUUAAAAGCCAGGUUUAAUUUAUC